AUGGAAGCGAACACGACAACUGAAGGAGUGAGAGGAGAAAGAUUACUUAUAAGUUAUAAGAAAGUGAAUGCGACUUAUACGAUAAUAAAACUCUCAAGGAUAAGAGUUUACCUCCACUCAACCACAUACACUAACAACAUAAGUAUCAACAGGAGGGUCCCUAGAGCGAACAAACACAAGCUUUCUUUACCUAUCAACACGUUACACAGCGAAAAGAUUCGUUUUUUAUUACUUUCAACUCCAACUAUAUGUUCUAUGCCUAUUGAUGAGAAAUUUACUCAAGAAAUAUUGUGUUACUCCUCCAAGAGUUACUUACUCAACAAAACUAACAAGUCUUCAUUGUUAAAAAUUCACCUAAUUGCUCAUCCUUUUCAAUUCAAUUUUACUUCAUCUUCAACUCCUGAAUCACGUUCAAUAAAAGCAAACAUUUUCCUUCCACUGAUUGAAGAAGAAAAUCGAUUUUCUCAAAAUGUACAUAAACUAAGAAUGGCAAGAACGUUGGAAGAAGAAGGAAACGAUGUUUAG